AAAUAAGUUGGAAAACAACAGCCUGUUUGAAAUUUGUUUUACAAUCUAGAAUGUUUUCCCUCUAAAACACAAAAAUUCUUUGUAUAGAUCUAUGGCUUCUAAACUUUCUCAGGUUUGUGAAGUAUCAUUCCCUGAUCCCACAGGAGCAGCAGAUGGGUUGUCCUUGUACGAAAUAUGGUGUCCACCUGCACUUCAUUAGAGAGCUGCAUUUUUGUACAUGCCACACCACAAGAUCACCAUGAUGACAGAGCAGCUUCAGAGAACAGUGUGACUAGGGCUUUUUUUUUCCCCUCUUGUAACAGAGGAUCUGGCAGACUUUUACCUCCUGACACUGUUUAGAGCAUAUAUUGGUCGAUACAGUCUCUUACUGCAUCUGCUCUGGGAAUUAAGGAAAGCAGCUUCAAGGCAGUAAGGAACAAGACACAUUAGAAAGAUGACUUUGAGCUCUCUACCUAUCUUUCUGCUAUUGAUUAGUGGCAUUUUCUGCCAGUAUGACUACGGUCCUGGAGAUGAUUAUGGUUAUGAUCCUUUUGGGCCAUCUGCAGCAGUCUGUGCCCCAGAAUGUAAUUGUCCUUUAAGCUACCCUACUGCCAUGUAUUGCGACAAUCUGAAGCUGAAAACCAUUCCAAUUGUACCAAGUGGAAUAAAAUACCUUUAUCUGCGAAACAAUAUGAUUGAGGGAAUUGAAGAGAAUGCAUUUGACAAUGUAACAGACCUGCAGUGGCUGAUCCUGGAUCACAACCAUUUGGAAAAUUCAAAAAUUAAGGGAAGAGUCUUCUCUAAACUAAAGAAUCUGAAGAAACUCCACAUUAACUACAACAAUUUGACUGAAGCUGUUGGACCACUCCCCAAAACUCUAGAUGACCUGCAAUUAAGUCACAACAAGAUCACAAAAGUCAACCCUGGUGCACUUGAGGGGCUGAUGAAUCUGACUGUCAUUCACCUCCAGAACAACCAGCUGAAAGCAGAUUCUAUUUCGGGGGCUUUUAAAGGCCUGAAUUCACUUUUGUAUCUUGACUUAAGCUUCAAUCAACUUACAAAGCUACCAACAGGACUGCCUCACUCCUUGCUCAUGCUGUAUUUUGAUAAUAACCAGAUUUCCAAUGUUCCUGAUGAGUACUUCCAAGGUUUUAAAGCCCUGCAAUAUUUACGUUUAUCCCACAAUAAAUUAACAGAUUCUGGAAUACCAGGUAAUGUCUUCAACAUCACAUCACUGGUUGAGUUGGAUCUCUCCUUCAAUCAGCUGAAAAGCAUUCCAACUGUCAGUGAGAACCUGGAAAACUUCUACCUCCAAGUCAACAAAAUUAACAAGUUCCCAUUGAGCAGUUUCUGUAAGGUGGUGGGACCAACGACCUAUUCCAAGAUCACACAUUUACGCCUGGAUGGAAACAAUCUGACUCGGGCUGACCUGCCACAGGAGAUGUACAACUGCCUUCGGGUGGCUGCUGAGAUUUCACUGGAGUGAGACACCUGGGAUCAGCCAGUUCCCUUCCAGGGGCACUAACUGCAGGAAUAAUACACCGUGAUAGUACUUUAAAAUUAGGAUUUGCCUUAAAGCAAGAGUCAAUCUUCAUAUWAUCCAUUCUGUUUUUAAUAUUUAGCAUGCACUUGGCAGCCUUAAGGUAACGUGCAUAUUUUUACAAAUGGUUCUAUUUAGAAAGCAAAAGAAUUACCAAAUCUGGUGCAAAAUAUGCCUUCAUCUGGCUAGGUGAGAUGAUGAAAAAGAUUAAACUUGAUAAAAAUCUAUAUCCAUGCAUGURAUACAUGCCAGCAGUUUCCAGACUCACAGGGAAGUCAGGUGGGUUUCAUCAUGGGUUAUACUGAGCAGUAUGGGCUGGCCUGUGUAAAUACAAGAUUCCUGUCCAGCUUUUCUAAUUGUCAAGAUUUUUCUAYGUUGUUAUCCAUUACAAAGGAAAAAAUUAUUUUACAAUCUACGAGCAAUUUAAAAUUUAUGAAAAUAUGUGUUCAUAGCCUAUGACAUUUUUUAAAUUAAUAGAAUAUGAGAAAGAUAACAAGGAAAAAAUAUUCAGGUUAAAGAAUUUUUUACUCUUCUUUUUGUCAUACUUUCAUUUAACCUUCAUGGUAAGAUCUUUAUCCAUUGCUGGUAUAAUUGUUAUUUCAAAAUAAAUCAUAUAUACAAAUAUUUUUACUCAAUUACUUGCAUGCUACUUUUAACCAGAUGUAGAAAAUAAAACAUAUCAARUAGUGUUCUUUUGUCCAUAUAACUGUCAACUAUGUUUCUUUCUUUUAUAAAAUGAAAAGAACAGGUUAAGACAAGAAAAUC